CAAAAUGGACAGAACAAAGGACUAAAAAGGAGGAAAAUUGAAGGGAGAGAGAAAAAAAACCAUGAAACUGUUUUUGUUGUUUUAACAGAACAUUUUUUUAGUCUUUUUUUUCUUCCCCUCUUUUCUUUUGAAAUCAAAAGCAUCGAAUGAGAAAACAUUUCUGCAGAACUCCUUUUUCUCAUAUCUAUUAUGAACAGUCCUCUUUAUUCAAAAUUUUCUUUAGAUUUGAUUUAAUUUCCUGAAAGUUCUAUGGAAUUUAGCGAAAUUUCUUGAAUUUCUAUUUUCUGGUUUUUAUGGAAUGUGCUUCCAUGUUCUUCUUUAUAAUUUCUCGGGGUUUUGAUCUCCAUUCAUUUCAUCUGUGGGGCAAAUCCUUUUUUGCUUUUUGAAUUUUUUUUUUAUUAAUUUGUUUGUAUAUUCACCAAGUUGGGUUUGAAUAUACUGCAUUAUGAUUUUGUUUUUUUGGUUUAUUGUUUUUGAAACAAUUAAAGCUGUGUGAUAAUUCUCUUGCAAAACUUUUCCCACUCAAAGGGAUUUUGGAUUUUGAGUGUUGAAAUAAUAAGUUCUCUUAAUUUCCUUUUCUAAUCCACAAUUGGGUUUACAAAGCAAGUUGACUCAUGGAUCAAAUAAUUGGGAGCAAAUUCAAAAUGGGUCGGAAGAUCGGUGGUGGAUCCUUUGGCGAGCUAUUUCUUGGGGUUAACGUUCAGAAUGGAGAGGAAGUUGGCAUAAAGCUGGAACCUGCAAGGACCAAGCACCCUCAGCUUCACUAUGAAUCUAAAAUUUACAUGCUUCUUCAAGGAGGAACGGGAAUUCCUCAACUUAAGUGGUAUGGUGUUGAGGGUGAGUACAACGUCAUGGUCAUUGACCUUCUAGGGCCAAGUCUUGAGGACUUAUUCAACUACUGCAACAGGAAGUUCUCUUUGAAAACAGUGUUGAUGCUUGCAGAUCAGUUGAUUAACAGAAUCGAGUAUAUGCACUCAAAGGGUUUUCUUCAUCGUGAUAUAAAGCCUGACAACUUUCUAAUGGGUUUAGGACGCAAAGCCAAUCAGGUUUACGUCAUUGACUAUGGGCUCGCAAAAAAGUAUAGGGAUCUUCAAACACACAAGCAUAUACCUUACAGGGAAAAUAAGAACCUCACCGGCACAGCACGAUAUGCUAGUGUGAACACUCACCUUGGAGUUGAACAAAGUAGAAGAGAUGACUUGGAAUCUCUUGGUUAUGUGCUCAUGUAUUUCCUAAGGGGAAGCCUUCCCUGGCAGGGCCUUAAAGGAGGGACAAAGAAACAAAAAUAUGAUAAAAUCAGUGAAAAGAAGAUGUUAACUCCUGUUGAGGUUCUUUGCAAAUCAUAUCCAUCAGAGUUCAUAUCAUACUUCCACUAUUGUCAAUCAUUGCGUUUUGAAGACAAGCCAGAUUAUUCCUAUUUGAAAAGGCUUUUCCGUGACUUAUUUGUUCGAGAAGGCUAUCAUUUUGACUAUAUCUUUGACUGGACUAUACUAAAGUAUCCUCAGAUUGGCUCCAGUUCCAGACAACGGCCGGCUAGUGGGAAACCUGGUACAAAACCACAACAAUCUGUCGAACAAACAGAAAAGGCUCCGGCUCUAGGACAAGACACGCGUGAUAGAUCAUCAGGUGGACCUCAAACAUUCAGCAGAAGACUUGCACCUGGUGCUGGCCAGCAGAGUGACCGCUUCAAGCACAGGACUUCAGAGGAUGCAUCAACAUCCAAGGAUGCUCGAACUCAUUCAGAAAGAGGCCGAACUUCUCGUAAUGGCAAUGUCUCAAAGAAGGCUGUCGCUUCCAGCAGCAGGAUAGGCUCCAUUGUUGCAGGCAGUGAGAGUCGAUCAAGUUGGUUGUUCACAAACAAUAGUCGUCCGUCUACCACCCACAGAAUCCAUUGUGGAGCUGAGGCUAAAGUCUCCCAUGGCACUGCCACAAAGGACACUAAUGAAGAUCAGCUUCGGAGCUUCGACCACCUCAACAUUGGGACGGAUAAGAGCAAGCAAUGAACAUGAGUGCACUGAAUUUGGCUUAAAAUGGUGCUGCUUUGUCCAGGGCAAGUGUUCAUUACGUAAUCACUAAUAAAGUUUAUAUAGCCACAUUACAAUGCAAUUUGCAUAUCAAAGAAUAGACGCAAUAUUUCUCACCGUUCCUCUUGGAUUAUUCUGAUAGUGUAAAUUCAUCCUGAAGAAGAAGCUACUUUUACCCUGAAACUACAGGACAUUGAGGCUUAGUCUUGUAUAGGAUUGCAAUUAUAGGCAGAAGAUAAAAUCUGCAUAUAGCAUUUCUGUUGCAGCUAUCAUAUUAAACAGUGGGAAAUUUUGACUUAUGAUCUUUAUCUGUUGUAAGUAGUAAUAAUAUUAUAUCAUAUUUACCCCUAUGGGAUAUUUUUUCCUAUGUAUUAAAGAAGAGCUGCCUCAAGUGAUGCAAAAUGGGCCUCCAAAUUAUUAGAUUUGGGUAAGAAAUGGAUGCCUACAGUUC